ACCCACCAACCCCGUCCGAGUUGUUUUCCCCCUCCCGCUCUCCGCCGCCGGAUUGGCUGCCGCGUGAUGCUCUGGACGCGACGCGAGCUGGAUUGGUCGCAUCGCUGGUGAAGAAGGUGGAGGUGGAGGUGUGACUCUGCGCCCACUCCUGCUGCCGGCUGCCUAUAUACUCCGGCUCGCCCGCCCGGAGCAGGAGGGAACCCGACGCAACGGACCCCGUGAACCAACGCUGACCUUUUGGAUUGGCCCGGCAGACGCCCCCGAAUCCCCCCCCGAUCAAUCGGCGCCCGCGAUUCGAAUCGAAAUCGGACCAACCCAAGCAGGAGGCCCCCCAGGCGGCACCGGGCGGCGGCGGCGCCCACUACCUCCACCCCCGGCGCCCGGCCCCCGGCCCCCGGCCCCGACCCCAAGAUGGGGGACGUUGUGAAGGACUUGACAGCCGGAACCGUAGGAGGGGCUGCCAACCUGGUUGUUGGGCACCCGUUCGACACCAUCAAGGUGAAGCUUCAGAGCCAGCCCACCCCUGCUCCUGGACAGCUCCCCAAGUAUGCAGGCGCCAUCGAUGCUGUUAAGCAGACGAUUUCAGCUGAAGGACCAAGGGGCUUGUACAAGGGAAUGGGGGCACCUCUAGCCACUGUUGCGGCAUUCAAUGCUCUCUUGUUCAGCGUGAGGGGGCAGAUGGAGGCUAUCCUGAGGUCAGAACCUGGUGCACCGCUGACUGUGAAGCAGCAGGUUGUCGCUGGUGGUGGUGCUGGACUUGCAGUCUCAUUCUUGGCAUGUCCGACAGAACUGAUCAAGUGCAGGUUGCAAGCGCAGAGUUCCUUAGCUGAGGCAGCCGCCGCCUCCGGCGUAGCUCUACCCAAAGGCCCGAUCGAUGUGGCAAAACAUGUCGUCCGGGAUGCUGGCGCAAGAGGUCUCUUCAAGGGCCUGGUACCAACGAUGGGCCGUGAGAUCCCCGGCAACGCGUUGAUGUUUGGCGUGUAUGAGGCCGCGAAGCAGUACCUCGCCGGCGGCCCCGACACGUCGAACCUUGGCAGGGGAUCCCAGAUCCUGGCUGGUGGCCUCGCCGGCGCUGCCUUCUGGCUGUCGGUGUACCCGACGGACGUGGUGAAGAGCGUGAUCCAGGUGGACGACUACAAGAAUCCACGGUACUCGGGGUCCCUGGACGCGCUGAGGAAGAUAGUGGCGGCUGAUGGCGUGAAGGGUCUGUACAAGGGGUUCGGACCGGCCAUGGCCCGCAGCGUCCCUGCCAAUGCUGCUACGUUCGUGGCGUACGAGAUAACAAGAUCGGCUCUAGGUUGAUCUGCUGUGACUCCAGUGCCAUUGCCGUUUCUUCUGCUGGAAUGGCUGGAGCUGCUGCAUCUUGCAUAGCUACUCAGGAUGGAAACACAGGCACGCCUUGCAAGUGCAACCCAGAACUGUACAAUUGCAAGCAUUUUUAGGGAGAAAAAAGAGGGAACUUUUCGCUGCAAUGGUGAGAUUGUUUAAUAAGCAAGCUUAAUAUAAUGGUUUGCCUGGAGUGGAUUGCCCAUCCGA